UACAAAUGUUAAUUAAUUAAAAAAAUAUUGAAAAAUUGGGGUCUUUUGUUAUUCUGGAGGUCUAAUUGUGUGUGUGUGAGUUACACACCUGUCCUGCAUAUUUGGUUAUGUACACAAAGGUUUUUUUUAAAUGGUGUUUGUAAGUCCGUGUGUUCGUUUCAGAGACGUUCUGGUCACUGGAAGUGGGUGUGAUCGCGAUAACACGCCAUAAACAGCCAGGCCGGAGUUUCCUGAGUGGAGCAGCCGGGGAAACGAGCAGCAACGCAGCAACUGUGAAGAUUUGAUUUGGGCCAUUGACUCAAGUUAUUUUACCUCAACGAAGCGAUUUGUUAUGCUCCCAACAGGAGGAGAAAUGGACCGUCCUCCUUCAGAAUCCACCUGCGUUAAACUCUAUCUGUGCUCCAACCCAGAGGACAGCACGGUGGAGCGCAGAGCUCUGAGGGAGCGUGUUUUCCCCCAACUCAGAGAGCACUGUAGAAAAACACUGGGACGGGACGUCCGGGUGAUAGACCCAUUUGAGUCCAUUGAUCCAUGUCAUUGGCCAGACGAAUACACCAGACAGCAGCUGAUUAAAGAAUGCAGAAAAAGCUCCGCAGGGCCUUUUUUGCUGGCCCUGGUAGGACAUCAGUACGGCACAGCCAGCCUGCCCCCCCAGGUGGAGGUGUCAGAGUACCAGCUGCUGCUGCAGGAGAGCCAGCGAGCGGGCGUCAGCACCCUGGAGCUGGAGAGACAGUACCAGAGGGACGAGAACGCCGUCCCGCCCUCCUACCGCCUGAGAGCUCGAAGCAAACAAGAACCGGCAGCGGUUAAAGAGGAAGAGGCGAUGAGGAUGAAGGCUGAAGAAGAGGAGUUGAGGAAGCAGUUCUGGACCGCUGUGAGUCGUUGUGUCCACAGUGGUGUUCUGAGCGCAGAGAGGGCUCGUGGCUUCUCCAGAUCAGCCGUCGACGCAGAUGUGAGAUUUGCUUUGGACGACCGUCCUCUUGAUGACAUCAUCAGACGCUGUCUGGUGUACGUCCACAGGGUCGUCGGCGCAGAAGGAGGGUCAGAAAGGAGACAGGUGGAGCGGCAGGAAGAGGCCGCUACCUUUGACCCAAGGACGACGGCCAUCGAGUCACAGUUAUUGUCGGAGCUUUGUGACAACUUCCUCCCGGGUCUCAUCACAACCUCUCAGCUUAUAGUCUACACCACCACUACAAAGUGUGACUGUCGCCAUGGUUACACCAAAGCCAGGAGGCGAGGCUAUGCCGAGUCUUUAUGCCAGCAGGUGUACUCUGACCUUGUGGUGUUGACGGACGGCUGGAGCAUCUCAGAAGUCUCUGGUGACGUCUUGGCCAGAGAGCAGGCAGAGCAGGAGGAGCUGUGUGACACCCUGUCCCGACUUUAUGACGUCAUCAGGCCAGAGGAGGAAAAGGUCAGAGACUUCGUGCAGCAGAGCGGGCAACAGCGCCCACUAGUGGUGACAGGAGGACCGUGCACAGGGAAGACGGUUCUGCUUGCACACUGCGCUCAACAGAUGAGGUCAUGGCUACCGGACUGCGAUCCUGUGGUGAUCACUUAUUUCUGCGACCUGUCAAUCAACCCUACCCCGACACACCUGCUGUCGUGCCUUUGUUACCAAAUUGGGGUUCGAUAUCACAGCGAAUCUUCCUCUGAGCAGAGCACCGCCCACAUGGACAACCUUAACAUUUGUUCGUCCGAGCUACAAGAGCGUCUCUCGUCCCUCCUCGCCUCCAUGCCCUCUGCCGAACAACCUCUAGUUCUAGUCCUCGACGGCCUGGCUCACAUGGAAAACAACGCAGGCGCCCAGAUCUUAGAGAGCCUCCCGUGUCCCCUUCCUCCCAGCGUCAAACUCGUCCUCACAGUGUCCUCCAACCGAAAACAAGUCCUGCAAGCCAUAAACCCACCAAGAAGUCCCCCCCACGCCGGUGAGGGGUCCGGAUACGCGUGCGUUCAGCUGGGACCGGUGGACAGGAGGCCGUGUGGGAAGAUGUUGGCCUCACUGCUCAGCAGUUCCGGGAGGAGGGUGACAUCGGGACAACAGGCGCUGGUGAACCGGGCGCUGACUUCCUGUCCUCUGACGCUCUACGCUCGUCUCUUGCACCUACACACCUCGCUGUGGCACUCUGAUUCAGACGUGACCGAGUCGUCUCUCCCUGCGGGCGUCCACUCGUCCAUUUCCGCGCUGCUCGACCACCUCGAGCAGAAACACGGCUCCUGCGUCGUCGCCCGUGCCGUCUCCUACCUCACCCUCUCCAGGACCGGCCUCACCGAGGUCGAGCUCGUCGACCUGCUGUCCGCUGACCCCGGAGUGCUGACCGAGCGCGUCCGGUGUAUCCCGCAGGUCGCCGUGGAGACCCUUUUGUUGGAUCUGAGGAGGUUCCUCAUCAGGAGGACGGUUGCAGGGUCACGCGUUUUGUUCUGGGUGAGCAGGCAUUUCAAGCUGGUGGUGGCUAAGAGGUGUUUGGCCACCCGCGAGGCGGAGAGGGAGCUGCACUCGGCGAUGGCGGACUACUUCAGCGGCCGGUUGCCUUGUGGUGGAAACCAGGACGAGAAGCGGGACGUCGCCCGUACGGAAUCGCACACAUCCAGGGAGCCACAGAGUGUAGAAACAAACAGCCAGCCGUUCGUCUUCUCCUCUUCAUCCGAAGAGGUUGGCCGGGUGAACUUGAGGAAGGUCCUAGAGUUGCCGCAUCACCUGCGAGAAAGCGGCCGAUGGGGGGAGUUGGAGCGCGGGCUGUUGAUGUCUUUGGUAUUCCACCAGGCAAUGGUUCGAGCAGGACUACUGGGAGAGCUGGUAGCCAUGUUGGAAAGUGAGGAAGGGUCACCCCACUUGGUUUUUCCGAGGGAAAGAGCCCUGCUGGCGGGCGUACUGAAGUCUUGUGCUUGCUUUCUGCAGAACUCACCCCUGCACCUGCCCUCUGUGAUGGAGGCAAACCUCCUGCCUUAUCUGGAGGUCUUUCCUGGGCUCCAAGGUUAUGCAAGAGAGAUCGGACGGGAGAGAAGGAGGAGAGGACGCGGAUUGGGAGUGUUGCUCUGCCCUGCUCAGUUAACCGUUCCCUCCGUUCGGCGUUUAACAUUUAAUGCCAAAACCAAGAACGUCUCGGUCAGAGAGGCAGCUGGGACAGAGUCGGGGGUGGUCGUGCAGAUCCUGGAUGACGGCACGGCUUGGAUUUGGAAAGGCUCCGGGUGGGAUGUGGUCAGACUAUCACUGAUCUGUGAGCAGAAGGAGCUGACAUUUACUGGAUUAAAAAGCAGCGGCCAUUUCAUACUGUUUUCCACGCAAUGCGACAAGCUUCUCUUGUGGGACGUGACAGGCCCAGAAACGUUUCUGCAGGUCACCGCAGAGUCGAGCCGAAACGCGGCAAACGGAGUCGAGGGGUUUGUUGCAUCUCAGAAAAGUGUAUUCAUGUGGUGGAAAGGGGAGAGUUUCGUGAGCGCGUUCGAUGUCUCCAAUGAAACCAUGACACAUUUCCAGUGUCACAGCGCCGUGACCUGCUUGGCUUGCUCCUCUAGUGGCGUUUACAUGUACUGCGGGCAGGAGGAAGGCACCGUGGCCAUAUUUGACACCAACACCGGCAGCCUCCUGGGCACUUGCUCCAACUCAAACCUCAACGCAAUUAAAUCGAUAAUCCUGUGUGACGACGAGUGGGAAAUGACUUGUGUGGACAGGACAGGAGGUGUAAGCCUGUGGGAUGUAGCAUCCAAAAUAAACCCACCCAGACUUGUCGCAGAAAGCUUCGUUGGGGGUGAAUCUAACGACGUCCUCAAUAUCGACUACUCCCACGGAUGUGGCACCUUAUUGAUGUGUCAAUCUCACCAGGUGGUACUGUGGGACACAUGUGACUGGGAGCCGUGGGACCAGUUCCUCGCUCCGCCGGGGAAGACCUUCGCUCGGGCUCUACUCUCCCGAGGCGGCCGCCUGUUCCUGGCGUUGUUGGACGCCUGUCCCUCCGUCUUGGUGUGGAGCGUCAGCACGGGGCAGUGUGUCCUCUCCUUAGAGACGAGCCGGCCGCCCCGCGCGCUCCUCGCGACGGCCUCCUGCGUCGUGGGCGUCGACGACGGCGAUGGCGCCACCGCGUGGGACUCCGAGACAAUCGAGGCCGCGGCCGCGGCUCCCAAGAUGGGCCUCGCCGUGAAAGAGGUGGCGGUUGAGCGGACGGGGGAGUUUUUCUACACCUCUGACGGGUCGCGCGCGGUGUGGAGAUGGGGGUGGGGAACCGGACUGCCGCACGCUAAAUUCCUACAUCACGGGGCCGUGGAAAAGCUCCGCCUCUCCCCGGAUGGCGUUCACCUCGUGACGCUCUCAGCGGGGGACAUUUACGUCUGGCGGACCGGCAGCGGUCAGAACGUCCUGCGCGUGAGCGGCAGCGCGGCGACGGACGUCCUGAUCGCCCCCAACGGCAACUUCGGGGUCAGCGUUUCCGAGCGAGGGUUGUCUCGCGUUUGGAAGCUGGCGCACGGCGGCGUUGUGUGCAGCAUACACCCGUACCUGUCCGACGCCAAGGUGUCGCCGGCGAGCACCUUCCUCAUCGGCCGCCGCCGCGGAGACCUGUUGGCCGCCAGCCUGUGGUCCGGCUCCGUCAGCAAGCGCUUCUCCCGCGUCGUCGGCUCGGAGCGCGUCGUCGCCUUCCACACGCUUUCGGAGCACCCCGACUUCGUGGUGGUGAUGGCCGCCUCGGGGGCCGUGUACACCUGGAACGUGUCGGAGGAGACGCUGUACGAGCACUUCCAGCUGCCGCGCGGGUUCCGCUGUCAGCCGCGAGACUUCCAGGUGUCCUCCGACGGGAGCUACGCCCUGCUGUCCGCUGAUGACGAGGCCGUCAACCUCCUGGACUUGUCCCGGGUCAGACUGUGCUCGUUCGAGGCCGAGGGGCCAGUCGUCAAAGUCCAUUUGGAUGGAAGCGGACGCUACGUUGCCUACGUGUGCCGUGCCGCAGCCGCCGCCCACGUGAAGGACCGCGCCCGCCUCCCGCGGGAAGAGGCCGUCCUCGCGGUUGUCCGCCUGGCGGACGGGGAGAGAAUAGGAAGCGUGCGUCUGGCCAAGAGCCCAUCGGCCCUGGUGGUGUGUGAGCGGCGGCGCGUGUUCGUGGGAUUUGAGGACGGCUCUGUGGGAGUCUACUCUAUUUUAGACGGGGAAGAGUCACCCGAGGGCAGAGAGAAGGCGAGCGGUCGGUCGAAGCGAUGCGCCUUCGACGGACCGCUCAGUUGCUUAGGGCAAGCAAGCGCCAAUAUUACAUGGCUUUGAUGGUGAUGGCACAUGAUUUGUGAAUACAACAUGCUUUAUAGUGAUAUAUAAAUAAAUAAAUAAAUACUGCAUGGAAAUUUGUUUCGGUUUCAGGCAGUCGAGUCAAGAUUACAUGAUUAGAUCAGGGGUGUCAAACUCGAAUGACUUGCACUUCAACCAGGGUUGGGUCUGCGCUCACUCACAGUGUGGAUGCAAACCAGGUCUUUCUGUUUCAUUUCAGUUUCAUUAUUGUGAAAGCAAAACCAAUACCUGAGCACUUUGAGACAUAGCUACUGAUUUGAUUGUCAACACAUUUUGUAUUUUUUUGGUAGUUAUUGAAUAGUUUGGUGUCAAUGUCUUGAUAUCCUUUUGUAUGUAUUGUACGUAUGUACUGUAUGUAUGUAUGUAUGUACAGUAUGUAUGUAUUGAACAAUAUAUUACACUUUGAUCUGCCGGCUUCACAUUUUGUAUUUGUAAGAACUAUAAUUAAAAUCGUAUUUCCAGAAA